CAGGAGGGACGGGCCGGCACUAUAAAAAACCCGGGGAGCCGCUUUCAUUCACAGUCAGCCACGUUCUGGAUUACUACGAUCGCCGCGGAGAAGCUCCUUCUUCGGAAUUUGGGACGGAGAAAGCAGAGGUGUGCGUUCGGCGAGCUCACCGGCAGAAGCCAUGAAAUUGCCAACGGUGGAGAUCAUCAAGGAGGGAGAGCUGGAGAAGAGGAGCGACAACCUCCUCCAGCUGUGGAAGAAGAAGACGUGCGUCCUGACCAAGGACAGCCUCACCAUUUACGCGAACACGCAGAGGCGCUCCAAGAGCAAAGAGCUCACGCUGCAGUCCAUUAAGACCGUGGACUGCGUGGAGCACACCGGCAAAUUCACCUAUUUCACCAUCGUGACCAAAGAUAACAAAGAGAUCGACUUCCGGUGCCCGGCGGAGCACAACUGCUGGAGCACAAUGAUCCUCAUGGCCCUGAUUGACUUCCAGAACCAAAAGGCCAUCCAGGACUUUAAGACGCGGCAGGUCAACGACAGCGCGUCGCCCGGAAAGGAGAGGCGCAUGGCCAGGGCGCCCUGAGCGGCUCCAGAACGCAGCCUCGGCACUACUCCAAAUAAGAGUCUAUGGACUAUCAAGAAAAGAAUGGAAAACGGACCAACAAGGAAGACUAGGUCAUCCGGUCCAGAGAUGAAGGACUGUUCGGGAUUGAGCUCCCUCACAGAGGGGACAACUGACCCACACCGACACACAUGUACUUUUAAAAUCUCAAAAAGUGGACUGAACUCUUGAACCGUCAGCACUAUUUCAUGUUCACCCCUCCGAGAGAAAUGGUGACUGAAAUCUUGUUAAUUUAUUGUGUUUCCAGGAUGUAUGGUGUUACUGGCAAACUGUUCGUCUUUUCUAAGUUAUUUUCUGCUUAAACGUGUAAAAAUGUAUUUAUUUGAAUAAAUAUCAAUCUGCUUUUGACACAGCUCCAUACGUUUGUUUGCUUUUUUUUUAACUCUGAAAAGGUUUCCUCUUGCUGUUGAGGUCCGUUAACGUCUCCUUGGGCCUGCAUGUGAUUCAGGGGGAAAGCAUCUGAUAUGCACGGAUGCCUUUCACCAGCAACCGUAAAAAAAAA